CAAGUAACACUCAUUUCAUAUUUCACUCAAGACUCACAAAACGACAAUUUUCUACUGCCUGAACCACUACGAAAGAAUAGAAACCAUGACGUCAUCGUUCAAAACCGAAGAAGAUGUCAUAAAGGAUUCCAUCAACAAUAAGAAGCCGACAAUCGAGCGAGACUUGACUAUCGCCAAGUCAUUGCUGAAGCAAAAAAGCGGUGACGGUGGCAAUGUUUACGACCAUUUAACAUUCGUCUUAUCAAAGAUAAUGGAUGAACGACCGAAAAAUGUGAUGGAUCACUUUGAAGAGUUUAGUCGAGUGGUGCAGAAGGAGAAGAAUCGAAAUUCGAAUAGUUUGUUAGCCAGCACUUAUGUGGAACCAGAUAGUCUGAAGCGAGCUACAAGUCUCAAUCAGUGUUUCGAUGCUUUCCUCCGAAUUUCCGAACAAGACCAGAAAUCGUCUAGAAAAGACGACUUUGCGCAUCUUCAAUUCUAUUGGUCGAUAGCAGGUUACGGCUUUCCACAGGGACACAUAUUUACGAUGUCUUGUUCUCUGGGACUUCUUGAAAGCCGGGAUAUUCUUCGAACGUGCAGAUAUUGGGGCCGAAUAUUCGGUCUCAAAUUGAACUACUACGUUGCAGAGGCUGACCUAUCUGAAGAUGAGAUACAAAAGCGAGCAGUCGGUGAUGCUGGUCCACCUGAUGAACAAUGGGGCUCGGGAAUUAAUCAAAAGACUUAUUUCGUUUGCCACUGCCUGGGUGAUGAUUGGAUUGAGCUGCCCAGGGCUACAGCCAAAGAUAUCGAAAUGUCACAGAAAAUUCGAAAACAUUUCACUGGCGACCUUGACGCACUAAUCCAAUCGAAUCCUAAAUUUCCGGGAACCGAAAAGAAUUUACUUCGAGCAACAAUUCAACGCAUAACAACCGAAACAUACGCAGCACCUGUCGGUUAUUAUGAAGUCGAAGGUGGGAAUGCGUCGAUUAGUCCCAAUUACAAUUCACCUGACACCACAGAAUUGCUCGAUUUAUCAUCGUGGUGUCAGUAUAGAAUGACGAAGACUCCGUCGUGCUCCGACAGUUCAUCCGAUUCCGUACCGACAUGGACACUUCGCCACAUGCUUGAACACUUUCCGAAAACGUCGAUGGUUGUCAUUCGAUCGAAUAUUUGGCCGGGAGCAGUCUCAUUUUCUUCACAGCUUAAACAUGAUAGUGUGUAUGUUGGUUGGGGUGUGAAAUACGGUCGCAAAGCAUUUGUACCUCCGUUGCCGUUAAGCACGUCAAACGAAUAUAAUUUCAAUGUUAGGACAGUCAAUGAAGAAACUCCGGGUGCAUUCACUGUUAAAGACAACAAUAGUGCAGCGGUUGAGUGAGAAACUGGUGGUUUUAGCUGUCAUUACUGUUUAAAGAAAAAUCUGAAUUUCAUGGUCGUUUUUCCGAAAAAUAAAAUUCUUUGGUU